UGAAACCAGUCACGGUUACGUGAAGACUAGUAUGUUUAAGUUUGCCCGUAGCACCCUCUUCUCUAUCGACGACGGUCGACCUGAAUUUCUCAUCGAGGCUUAAUCGUAUUUCACUCUCUAGUAUGACUGAAAACAGUGCUGACAGCACCAAUCCUUCAGCAGCUAAAAUCGAUCUGCAAGGACUUGAACUAGCGGAAUAUCACUUUGGUCCCUUACUUCACCUAACCCGUGCAACACAGAACGCAUGGACCAAUUAUUCCAUCAAUCGCCUCCAAACCAAUCAAAAAUACUGCACACUUGUCUCGGACCCAGGCAAGGGUUCUGGAGAUGGCCCUAAGGCGGAUGAGUACGACGAGUGCUCCUGGCUUUUCGACAACGCCAAAGCUUCCGUUUCUCAGAUUGAGAAAGAGAUGGAUUUGGAGCAUGGUACCCUCCAGAAAUGUAUCACUAUUGCAGGCAACGAAAUGUUACUCGACGCCGGCAAGGGCACGAAACCACGUUCCGUUGAUAUGACAGUCAGGAUCUACUCGCCCAGUGCGCCAAUGCACAUCGAUGUGCAUUUUCAAUACUACCUCCGUUCGCGUCUUUCAUCAGCCCAGUGGUUCUACUCACUCGGCUUCAAGAUAUACCGCCGCCCAUCUGCGACGGCGGGCGAUGUAUCUGUCAUCAAAAAAGAUCUCAAAAAGGUCCGUCCGCCAUAUGUGCACACGCGCAAUGGGUGGCAGAAUUUGUGCUGGGGUUUCUACGAUCACUAUGAUGACUGCUACGGACAGAAAGAGUGGCGUCCCGUGGAACGUGGAAAAGUGGACUUGCACGAGGAGAAUGUUCAGGACGUUCAUGAAGUGUUGUUUGGAGAGUUGGAGAAACCUGCUGACAACGACCCCGAGGCCAUGCUCGCAUACCGACGAUCACUCGUCAGGGGCAUACGCCUGCUUCUCGCCGCUGUCGGUAUUUCAUAUGAUGUUGCGUGCACUGAUGAUGAGAAAGACGAACCGCCACGUGACCUGACACUUGGAGGGUUGUGCGAGACAUGGGUCGGGCGGAGGAUACGCAAUGUGUGCGGCAUCCGACUCGUCAGAGACGCUCAAGAAGAGCAGUUAGGUGUCUCUUUGCGACGAUAUGAAGCAAGGGGUGACGACGAUGACUUCGACUCAGAGGAUGACGAAGAUGACGAUAAUUCUGACUUCGGCUUCUGAGGAUCGCGAACCAAAUGACGACUAGG